AUGGCGCUGUGCGGCCACUCCGCGCUCCUCCCGCCGCCCCCGCGCCACCGCGCCCGGCCCCGCAACCCCGCCGCCUCCGUCAGCUGCAGCCGCCUCCGAAACAUUCAGAGUAUCCUGACACAGAGCAGCAAAUCCCAGCCUGAUGGAAUCCUCUGCAUUUUAGGGAUAGACAGUCGAUACAAUGAAGGCUGCAGGGAGCUGGCAAACUACCUUCUCUUUGGCUUGUACAACCAGAACAACAAUGACUUUGAGAGGACAGGCUUUCCUGAGGAGGUGCUUGAUGAUAUAAUCAUAUUAAUCAAACCUGACAGUGUUCAUCUGUACUGCAACCCUGUGAAUUAUAACCAGCUCCUGCCCUAUGUGGCUCACUGGAGGAACCUGCAUUUUCACUGUCUCACUGAAAAUGAGUAUGAAGACGAAGAAGCCGCAGAGGAAUUCAAGAUCUCCAGCUUUGUGGACAUGGUCCGGGACUGCAGCCGGAUUGGGAUUCCCUACAGCUGCCAGGGUCACCUGCAGAUAUUUGACAUGUUCAUCGUGGAGAAGUGGCCGAUCGUUCAGGCCUUUGCUCUGGAGGGGAUCGGGGGCGACGGCUUCUUCACCAUGAAAUACGAGUUGAUGGAUGUCAGCGUUGAUUUGUGGAAGACCUACAGCAAAAUGGAUCCUGUUUCCUUGGAGGAUUUGCUCUUCGAGGAUUUAAUGAUUUUUGAACGCCAGUGGACCAACUUUUUUGCUAAUUUUGACACAGAAAUUCCCUUCAUUCUGGAGCUCUCGGAAUCUCAGGCAGGGGAGCCCUUCAGAAGUUAUUUCAGCCAUGGCAUGAUCUCAAGCCACAUAACAGAUAACAGCCCCAGCCGGCAGCCCUUUGUCCUGUUUGGCAGCCACUCCACCAAGGAAAACCUGAACUCUGGUAACUUUAAUUUUCCAUCAGAAGGACACCUUGUUCGAAACACUGGCCUUGGUGGGAGCACUGCCAAGCACAUGGUAGUGCAGUGUGUGUCUCCCAAGGGACCUCUGGCUUGUUCAAGGACCUAUUUUUUUGGGACCAGUCACGUUCCUUUCCUGGGAAACGACAAUGAGGGGCACAAGGAAGCUGAUCAAGUUGCUCUGUUGUCGCAAAUCUAUUCUGCUGUUGUAGAGGCUGUGCUUGCUGGCAUUGAGUGCUAUGCUAAAACUUCCACUGAAUCCAAGGCAAAGGAGGUGGCAGAGCAGGUGCUCAUGGCUGUGUUAGACACCCUUUGCUUGACACAGCUCAAAUCUGCUUUACGCUCCAAAAUUGCUUUUCAAAUUCAGGCUGUGAACAAUCAUGGAAGAAUUACCCCGUUAGAUAACGAGGACAGCCUGAGUUUGAUCAAAACGGCGUCCAUGAUGGUGUUUGACAUUCCCGACUUGCUCACGGGAAGAGGAUGUUUGGGAUCUGUUGUGUUUUCAGAGUCCUUUCUGACAUCACAGAUACAAGUCAAAGAAAAAGAUGGCAGCAUUACUCCAGAAACCAGCCACGUUAUCCUGACUGCAGGAAUCCCGAGGUUCACGUCCUGGCUGGUUGAAGACAGUGAUGUGAAACUCUCUGAAAAGGCACAGCACGUGUUGAAGGAGGAUAAAUCUUUCCUGGGCACUUUACUCACUGGAGGGGAUGGAGUGUAUCUUUGUUCCAGCAAUCCACAGGCCAUGCCUGCAGAAGGUAAACUGCACUUCUUUUCUGAUGGCAUCCUCUUUGCUCAUCCCCACCACGGCAGCAUUUCCAUUUCCAAGAACCACAUGAGUUCCAUCUCCCUCUAUGAUGGGGAUUCGAACAGUGUUGUUGCUGCUCUCUUCAUAGACUUCAAAAGUUCCCUGCUUCCUCACCUCCCAGUUGAAUUCCAUACCCAGAACAACUUUCUGAUGAUUGCACUUUUCCCCAAAAGAAAGAUUUAUAAAGCUUUUUACUCACAGGUUUUCUCCUCGUGGCAAAACCAGACAAGCUCAGGAUUAUCUUUAAGGGUUGUCCAGGAAGAAUUCCUGUCUGUGGAACAAAAGAGAAUGCAUUCCAGUGUUCAGAAGCUCUUUAAUGCCUUGUCUUUUCCUUCUGGGGAAAGAUGCAGGGAGCUGAAAUUAUCCUCUGCCCUUCCAGAAUUGGAGAGGUUUGUGAGACAUUUCGCCAUCAGCAGCGUCAGCAACAAGCCAGUGGUGAGGGCACAUCUCCCUGUUUUAUUGCAACAGCCAGAAACCACUCCUGAGAGCAAAGCAGAGAGUGAGAAGGUGAUCAUCACCAUCCUCACUGGGCUCCCAGGGUGUCGUUCCAGUGAUCUCUGUGCUUUCCUCGUCACCUUUACCAAGGAGUAUGGAAGGUGGAUUGUUUACAGGCAAACCAUGGAUAGUCCAGAAUGUUUCAGUGCCACCCACUUCCAGAGGUACCUGUCCGGGGUCCUGGAGGCUCAGCAGAACCUUGGGGGCCGUCAAUCCAUGUUCUCCAAAAAGAACAAGAGGCUCCUGGUGGUCCUGCAGGGAUACACUGACGUUAUUGAUGUUGUACAAGCUCUGCAGACUCACCCUGACCCAGAUGUGAAAUCUUCCUUCCUCAUUGGAGCAGUGAACACCUGUGUGGAGCCCCUGAGCUGCUACAUGGAGCACAGGCUUCUUUUUCCCAAGUUCUUGGACCAGUGUUCCCAAGGACUAGUGAGUAAUGUGGUUUUCACAAGUCAUGCUACAGAGCAGAGACAUCCCCUCCUUGUGCAGCUGCAGAGCCUGAUCCGAGCAGCAAAUCCUGCUGUUUCCUUCAUCCUGGCAGAGAAUGGAAUUGUAACAAGGAACGAGGAUAUUGAAUUAAUUCUCUCAGAAAGCAGUUUUUCAAGUCCUCAGAUGAUGAGAGCUCGAUAUUUAAUGUACCCUGGCUGGUACGAAGGCAAAUACGGGGCCGGGCCCGUGUUCCCCCCCAUGGUGCAGAUCUGUGUGUGGUUCAGCCGCCCCCUGGAGAAGACACGAUUCGUGACCAAAUGCAAAGCCAUUAAGUCAUUGCUCAAGCCAAGCCCUUUUUCUGGGAACAUUUAUCACAUCAUGGGCAAAGUGAAGUUUUCAGACUCUGAUAAAGUGAUUGAGGUCUGUCACAACACCUCCUCGAAUUCCCUGAGCCUGGUGCCCGUCCAGGAGGGGCCAACUCCUCCUGACUCCAGAAAUGAUCCCAGAGACUGCAGCAGUCAACAGGAAUACUUCCUUGUGUUCAUUGGCUGCUCCCUGAAGGAAGAGGAUAUCAAAGACUGGCUCAGAGAAACUGCAAAACAGAAACCUCAGAGGAAAGCCCUGAAAACCAGAGGAAUGUUGACCCUUCAGGAAAUAAAGAACAUUCACGUGAAACGUCACUUGGAUCCUCUCCCAGCUGGUUAUUUUUACAACGGGACUCAAUUUGUGAAUUUCUUUGGUGACAAAAUGGAUUAUCAUCCCUUAAUGGACCAAUUCAUGAACGAUUACCUGGAAGAGGCCAACAGGGAGAUCGAGAAGUACAACAGGGAGCUGGAGGAGCAGGAGUACCACGACCUCUUUGAGCAGAAGACAUAAAGCACGUGGGUCCUGGGGGUUUCCAAACCACCCAAAAUGCUCUUUGUCCUUGCUGGGUCACUAGAAUUUGAGGGAAUUGUCUGUUUGUUCAGCACUCCUUUCCAAACUAAGAGAUCAUUCCUGUAAGGUUGGCGUUUAACACGGGAUCUGCUUUAGCUGUGUGUCCUGUCAGGUUUGCUUCCACUUCAGCUUAAUUCCAGACUGUCCAAAGCAUCACCUGGAAUCUCUAGGGGGGGUUGUGGGGACUUGUUCAAAAGAAGAACAAGAAGAAGAAGAAGAAAAAGAAGAAGAAGAAAAGAAGCAAAACUUUAUUUAUUUCCUUUAGUUGGGAAUGUAAUCGUGGAAUUGGGCUUUGUGCAGAGAAUCAAACUGCUCUGGGUGUCCCUUGGAAUUUGUGGCACAGGAGCAUCAAUGAGCAGUGCUGGAUGUCAGGAUGUGGGAUUGGGGGUGUUCCCAAAGCGAGAAAUGGGGGAACACUUACUCAGAAAAGUCCCCAAUCCCACAGCUGUGGGGUGUUCCCAAAGCGAGAAAUGGGGGAACAAUUCAAAAACUUGGAAUCCCUAAACCUACAGCUGUUGGGAUGUUCCCAAAGCGAGAAAUGGGGGAACACUGGGAGGAACUCUGAAAAGUCCCCAAUCCCACAGCUUUUAGGUUGUUCCCAAAACGAGAAAUGGGGGAACGAUUCAAAAACUUAGGAUCUGUAAAUCUGCAGCUGCCAGGAUAUUCCCAAAGCGAGAAAAGGGGGAACAGUUACUCAAAAGAGACCCUAAUCCCACAGCUGUCAGAGUGUUCCCAAAGUGAAAAAUGGGGGAAUAAUUAAAGAAUUUAGAAGGAUAACUAAUCCCACUGCUGUGGAGUGUUCCCAAAGCGAGAAAUUGGGGAACAAUGGGAAGAACUCUGAAGAGCCCCCAAUCCCACUGCUGUUGGGGUGUUCCCAAAGCCAGAAAUGGGGGAACAUUUAAAAAACUCAGAAUUCCUAAACCUACAGCUGUCAGGGCGUUCCCAAAGCAAGAAAAUGGGGAAUGAUUCAAAAAUUUAGAAUCCCUAAUCCUGCAGGUGUCAGGGUGUUCCCAAAGCGAGAAAUGGGGGAACAGUUACUUGAAAAAGUCCCUAAUCCUGCAGGUUUUAGGGUGUUCCCAAAGCGAGAAAUGGGGGAACAUUUUAAAAUCUCAGAAUUCCCAAUCCCACAGCUGUGGGGUGUUCCCAAAGCAAGAAAUGGGGGAGCGAUUCAGAAACUUGGAAUCCCUAAAUCUGCAGCUGUGAGGAUGUUCCCAAAGCGAGAAAUGGGGGAACAGUGGGAAAAAGACAGAAGAGUCCCCAAUCCCACAGCUGUCAGGGUGUUCCCAAAGUGGGAAAUUGGGAAACGCUUCCUUGAAAGGGUCUCCUAGUCCUACAGCUGUGGGAUGUUCCCAAAGCGAGAAAUGGGGGAACAAUGGGAAGAACUCUGAAGAGUCCCCAAUCCCACAGCUGUUGGAAUGUUCCCAAAACGAGAAAUGGGGGAACACUGGGAUAAAUGCAGAAGAGUCCCUGAUCCCACAGCUUUUAGGUUGUUCCCAAAGCAAGAAAUGGGGGAACAGUGGGAAGACACAGGAGAGUCCCCAAUCCCACAGCUGUCAGGGUGUUCCCAAAGCAAGAAAUGGGGGAACAUUUGAAAACUCAGAAUUCCUAAUCCCACAGGUGUCAGGGUUUUCCCAAAGCAAGAGAUUGGGGAACAGUUGAAACAUUUCUAUAGAAGAGUCCCUAAACCUGCAGCUGUCGGGGUGUUCCCAAAGCGAGAAAUGGGGGAACAAUGGGAAGGACUCUGAAGAGUCCCCAGUCCCACAGCUGUCAGGGUGAGAAAUGGGGGAAUAACUAAAAAAUUUAGAAGAAUAACUAAUCCCACAGCCGUGGAGUUGUUCCCAAAGCAAGAGAUGGGGGAACAUUUUAAAACCUCAGAAUUCCUAAUCCCACAGCUGUCAGGGUGUUCCCGAAGCGAGAAAUGGGGGAACAGUU